AUGAAGCGAGUCGACGGAAGUGAGCGAGCCAACGAGAGUGAGCGAGUCGACAGAAAUGAGCGAGCCAACGAGAGUGAGCGAGUCGACAGAAAUGAGCGAGCCAACGAGAGUGAGCGAGUCGACAGAAAUGAGCGUGCCAACGAGAGAGCUCUUGAACCAGAGAUUCCUGGCAAAGCGGUGUCGCUGCAGAUAAACGCACCAAGAAGAGAUGAGUCUGGCAUUUGGUUGGCCAACAUCGAGGGGCUCUUCCCACAAAGAGCGCGCCACAAGAUUGGCAUGAGCGCUGCUGAGGCCAGGGAGGACGAUGAGGUGGGCCACGUCACACCUGACGAAGAGACCGACGAUGAAAAGUUCUUAUACUCAGACGAGGAACCGAGCAGCUACGAGACCGACGGUCUCUACUUGACUGACGAUGAAGCGGAGCUUGGUGACGAAGGCGACGAUGUAGGGGAGCGAUACCCCCAUGAAGGUGUAGACGCACGUCAUCAUCGGAAAGCGAGUGCCGUCGUUCAACGUCACGACCAAGAAAAUGAUGUUGACGUCAAAGAAAACGGUAAUUUGAUGAAUGAAAAUAAAGGGACACCCGCAGAAACUCCGAUGUCACACAAAGGAAACGAUGAUGACCUCGCUGAAAACAAGAUUUUGCAAGAGGGAACUGAAAUAUUCCACAAUAAGAAGCCCAAACGUAAAAAACAUCAUAAUUCCAAGUCGGACAAGACUGAAGAUCAGUCGGAAACGAUGUCAAAUAUUAGAUCUUCCUAUGCGAAAGAUUCCAGAAAAGGUGCAUCAAGGCAUCAUCACUUGACUUUUGACUCGGAAGAAGAACCUAAUGAACUUAAACCUGAACUUCAUCCUGCCGGGAAGGAGUUUAAACUUCCUCAUGGUCUGGAGAUCAUGUCGCUGGUGAAGGAGGUAGCUGAGGGAGGUGACGAAGGUACCAAGGCUGUGGACCCCAUCGCUGCCAUCGACCCUCAUCAGCCCUCGUCCCGUGAGCAAGACGAGGCUCGUGACGAGCGCGACGUGUUCCUGCCCUCGUCAGCAGAGGGCGACGAGGGGGCGCCGCGGUCUGCAGCCCUGCGAGGGGCGCCGCUCCCCCACCACGACCUGUACGUGGGGGGCCGUGGGGGGCUCCUCAGCUGCGACGUCUGCACCACACACAACUACCUCUGCAGACUAGUGUCAGGUAUCUUCACGAGGUCGGGGUUGACGUUGGGCUACAACGUCGUGACAACGCUACCUGCUGGCGCCUGCAACGUUACCGUCAGCGAGCUGCGGCCGUCGCAGAACUUCUUCGGUGUUUAUUACCGUGUUCCCUCAUUAAGUUACUGUGUUCCCUCAUUAAGUUACUGUGUUCCCUCAUUACUUACUGUUUACUGUGUUCCCUCAUUACGUUACUGUGUUUCCUCAUUAAGUUACCGUGUUCCCUCAUUAAGUUACUGUGUUCCCUCAUUAAGUUACUGUGUUCCCUCA